CUUAUCAUAUUUUAUGAAUCUAUGACGCACUCAAAUAAUGCUUUCACUUUUUUGUACCGUUGUUUAAAACCAGUUGGAGAUUUCAUCAUAAAACCUUAACCUCCGAAAAGUAAUUAAAAUUUUCAAAGAGGGCGCUAAUCAUAAUAGCAUGCUUUUUAUAGGAAAUUUAGACUUUAUUGAGUUUUGAUGAGCCGCUUUGAAGCUAUAAUAUAAUUUUAAAGCAGUGUUGUACCGGUAUUGUGGCUUAAAAGUUUCUUGUUUGAAAUUUAAGUAUCAAUCUUGCUUAAGGAAAUACUAUGGCAUCUUUGUUAAAAGCAGUGCGUGUUGGUUCAUCUGGACUUUUUGGACGUUUAAAGCAUAAAAAGCUACCAGAGCAGUGGGAUGAUUCUAUUAAAGAGCCUGUGUUAGAUGGAAUUACAUUUUAUGUGAAAUAUCUUGGGAGUACGUUAGUGGAUGAGCCUAAUGAUCAGCAAGCAACAGCCGAUGCUAUCAAAUCAGUUAUUACAAUGGCUAAAUCCAAUGCUAAGAAAUUACCUAGAGUUGCUCUUAUGGUGAAUCCAAAAGGAAUUCUAACAAGAGAUCUUAGUACUGGUGAAAAGCAUUUAGAUUUUUCAAUUUAUAGGAUCUCCUUUUGUUCUGCAGAUGCAAAUUAUGAUAGAGUUGUAGCAUUUAUAGGAACGAAUAAAAAUGAAACUUUAGAGUGCCAUGCAUUUUUGUGUUCUAAGCGCAAAGUUGCACAGGCUGCAGCAUUAACAAUAUCACAAGCUUUCAAUAUAGCAUAUGAACUGUGGGAACUUUCUAAAGAAGAAAAAUCUAGUCAGAAUGAGGAUGAAAGGAUUAACAUGAAAGUGGAUGAUAAUAUCAAAUUAUGCAGUAACAAUAACAGUAAUAAUGGAAAUUCCUGUUCAGAAGAUCAAGGAGCUCUAAUAGACCUUAGUAUGGAUGGUCAUACUGCAUCUCAAACAAUGAAAAAAUGGGGGUUUGAAAAUGAUCAAAAUUUAGAUGACAGCUUUUCAAAAUUAGCUCAUUCAAGAAAGCAUCCUAUGUUUGGAUAUGCGUUGAAAGCGGAAGAGCUUGAAAGUAUCCAGCAGUUUGUUAAUAAUCAAAGACAAGUUUCUGAGAAAGAGUGUUUCUUUGAUGAUCAAUUUGAUGAAUAUCUUUUAUUGUAAUCAAGUUCAAUAUUAUUUUGAUGAUGAAUUGAAGUUUUUGUAUUGUUUUUAAAACAAAAAAGUUAUUUUAAAAAAAAUUGGCUGGAACUUCAAAGUGGAAAAAUUGUUUUUUGGGUUAUUAUAUUAUUUUGACUUGGGCUUUCAUGUUUGUUCCAAGUAUAUGAGAUUCAAUGUUAUGCAAUGUCUGCUACGAAACUGUAUGAUAGUGUUUAUGUUUUCACUUAACUGAUCUUUUAAAUAGACAUUUUUCCAAGUUUUCUUUUUAAUGUUUUACCAGAAAUUAAUAUAAAUUAACUAUUUUUAAUGUUAUGCAUUUUUUAUCUUAUUAAUUUGUUCUAAUCUACUUUUUUUUUUACUUCAUUGUUUUUAAAGUCUACAUUUGCAUUAUGUAUGUUACUCAAAAAAGUAUUGGUAUUCAUUUUAAAUUUUCAACAACUAUAUGAAAUCUAUUUUCUCAGAAUAGUUGGCUCAGUAUGUUGCAACCUAAAUGUCUUUUUAAAAAAGAAAUUUUAUAUUAAAAAAACAAAUAUUUUUAAGAGUAAAAUGUAUUUGCACAAGAUUAGCUUUUAUAUUUUGGAUAAGCAUCUUUUCAAAGCUUAAAGUUAUAUGAUUGAAAUUGUCAUAUUACAUUGAACAUAUGUAUACUGUAUAUUGAGUAGCGUAUCUAAGUCAUCCUUUUAACUGUUGAAAACUUUUGCCAAAAUAUCUAACUUGUUGAAUCUCACUGUAAUUUAAUUUUUCGCUUAGCAUUUGUGUGAAUAUCUGUUAGUUUUUUUGUUAAAUAAUAUUUACACCUUUUGUACUAUAUGCUUGUUCUUUUGAAAAUUCUAUACCUGUUGAAUGUGUUUUCAAGUAUUCAUGUACACUUGUACAUAUCUUUGCUCAUAAUGAAAACCUGUUUACAACAUAUUGCUGUACCAAUAAAUUUUAUAGUGCAAUUUCUUAA